AAAACGAUACCGUUUCGGAUGCAAAUAUGAUGUACUAAAUAGCAGUCGCCUCCCAAAUUAACUCGAAUAAUCUGCAAAACGAUACACGUUCUAGUUUCAACUUCAAGUUCUCUUCAUCUGCUUUUUCAUCAAUAUACCACCCACAACACAACUUAUUCGCUGACCUGUAACUUGUUAAGUAAUGGGAACUGAAGUGCCGAAGGAUCCAUUGAAAGGAGUUGACUGGAAAGCCAUUGGUACUGAAUUGCAGAAGGAUCCAAGUGCAGGUGCUAAGCCAAUAGUAAAGAAGCGGCUUCCUAAGAAGAUUAGGCAAAUUCCAGACUAUUAUUUCCUUCCUCGUAGAUCUCUACCCUCUGUCAUAGCAUUCUAUGGGUCAUGCAUUGCUGGUGGAAUUGGUGCUGGGAUGCUUCUGGAGAUCUGGAUGAACAAGAAAAUUAAAGAGGAUGGAGGUGUUAUCUGGGAAUUUGACAAAUAGUAAUCAGAUGGCAUAGAGGGAUUUCCUGGGAGCAGUUUACUUCACUUCUUUUGGCCGUUCUCUUUCUUUCUAAGGAUGGAGGUUGUAAAAUAAACUAGAAUGGUGAAAUGCUAUGGUUUUAGACUUUGCAUUCACAUUUCAAACAUUUUCUUUUUAAGAUCUAAAGUGAAGGAUAUUUUGAUUCCUUUUUUUUAUUAUAUGAAUUUGAAAUUAAUAGUGAAGUAUAUAUUAAUAGUUUUGGGUAA